GCACAAGAUGUACCAAGAACAGCUCAACCUUACCUCCCUGGACUCGCCACUACAGCUCCAACUUGACGCCAGCUGGAUCCAGUUCCACCUGGGGAUCAGCCGCCACGGGCUGUACCCCCGGUCCAGCCCUGUCGUCCGCCAACUCCUCCAGGACAUGAGGCGCUCUCCCACCAUCAGCGCUGAUUACAGUCAGGACGAGAAAGCCCUGCUUGGGGCUUGUGACUGCACCCAGAUUGUGAAACCCAGUGGGGUCCACCUCAAGCUGGUUCUGAGGUUCUCAGACUUCGGGAAGGCCAUGUUCAAACCCAUGAGACAGCAGCGACAUGAAGAGACACCCGCCGACUUCUUCUAUUUCAUCGACUUCCAGAGACACAACGCUGAGAUUGCAGCUUUCCACCUGGACAGGAUUCUGGACUUCCGACGAGUGCCACCCACAGUGGGGAGGCUAGUCAAUGUCACCAAGGAAAUCCUAGAGGUCACCAAGAAUGAAAUCCUGCAGAGUGUUUUCUUCGUCUCUCCAGCCAGCAACGUGUGCUUCUUUGCCAAGUGCCCAUACAUGUGCAAGACUGAAUACGCCGUCUGCGGUAACCCGCACCUGCUGGAGGGCUCCCUCUCCGCCUUCCUGCCGUCCCUCAACCUGGCCCCCAGGCUGUCUGUGCCCAACCCCUGGAUCCGCUCCUACUCGCUGGCAGGAAAAGAGGAGUGGGAGGUCAAUCCGUUGUACUGCGACACGGUGAAACAGAUCUACCCGUACAACAGCAGCCGCCGUCUCCUCAACAUCAUCGACAUGGCCAUCUUCGACUUCUUGAUAGGGAACAUGGACCGUCACCAUUACGAGAUGUUCACCAAAUUUGGGGAUGACGGGUUCCUUAUUCACCUUGACAACGCCAGAGGGUUUGGACGACACUCCCAGGACGAACUCUCCAUCCUGUCACCUCUGUCCCAGUGUUGCAGGAUAAAAAAGAAAACGCUUUCGCACCUGCAGCUGCUGGCCCAAGGCGACUACAGACUCAGUGACGUGAUGCGGGAGUCUUUGCUAGAAGACGAGCUCAGCCCCGUCCUCACGGAGCCCCACCUGCUGGCCCUGGACCGGAGACUCCAAAUCAUCCUACAGACAGUGAAGGGGUGUGUGGAGGCCCACGGAGAGCAGAGCGUCAUAGCCAGUGACCCCGCAGGAGAGUCAGCCCCGGACUCUGGCCGGGCUAACCCGACAAGCUAGGGGCCGGGUGAAGCCGCAUGUCAGGGACGACGCCUGCAGCCGGCGGUGGACUCGGGUGCGGACCCCGGCUUCCUCGCACCCCCGUCGAGCGGGGAGGCGCUGGGUCAGGAAGUCCUGGGGCACCAGGAUGAUUCUACAGGAACAAGACCCAAAGGAGAGGGAUCCGCCGAACUUCCUCGGUGCACUGCUUCUCUAGGGCACCUCCUUGGCUCCCUCUUUCCCAGCAGGCACUGCUUCAUCAAGGCCACAGACCAGCUCCUGAACCCACCAGGGAAAUCUGGGCAGGAGUCGGGCUUGGAAGGCCGGGAAGCCUUGUCCCCGGGAAAAGGGUAGAACAAAUAAAAUAAAAGGACACCAGUGGCACCUAGCUGACCUCCAGAUCCUUAGAAUAUCUACGAGGAUAAUUUCUGAUCCAGAUAAAAUACCUGGCAUCUCACAAGCAGACAAAAAAAAAAAAAAAAA